UUUCUUUUAUACUAUAAAAGUAACGGGCGAAAGCUUCACUUGGAUCAAUUUGUUAGAACGGGGCUUUUUAAGUAUUGUGAGAAUAAAGCUACUUGGAGGUUCUUUGUAUGUAAAUAGGGUGUAAAAAAAGGCCCUCCCCGUCUUUGUAAUUAAUUGACACGUUAUACCACUCAUCAUGCUCUGAAGCACCAAUGGUAGAGGCUCGGAUCUCCCCAAAACCCACAAUUUCACAUCUGCAAACACUGUCUUCAUCCACUUGACUCCUAAGACCCGCCCACACGUGGCCAACCUUUCGCGUUUUUUAAUGCUUUUUCACUGCAGGUUCAUGUGUUGAGACCAACCUUAUAUGGACUGAUCAGGACAAGGUAAUGGCUUAUUUCCCUCUAGCACCCAGCAGUAGCACAGUAUCCAUGAGCCGCAUAUAGCACUUCAGCCACUUUGGCAUCCUUCCUGGACUUACAGAGACCGAAUCCACUGCUUCUUGCUUUGCUCAUAGGCGAUGGUUAUCCACAGAGGCUGCUUUGACUGUACUUCAGCGUAGAGCGAUACUUACUCAUCCAAUUUUUUUCUCUGCUUUUUUUUUUUCUCCUCUCCUUGUUAGUUUUGUUUUUCUAUUCUCACAACAGCGGAUUGUUACUGGGGGGAAAAGAAAAAAAAACAAGCUGCUUCAAGCAACUUUUCCCUGCAUAUUUCCCCCCCUACCAGAAUAUGUCGUUGACCAACACAAAGACGGGCUUUUCUGUAAAGGACAUUUUGGACCUUCCUGACACGAAUGACGAGGACGGAUCUAUCACCGGAGCGGAAGAAGACACGGAGGGAUCGGAGACCGCAUCCACGACGAAAAACGGUGGAGUUUUGGUGCAAAGUCCUCUAGAAAACGUUCAAAAUCUACCUUUAAAGAACCCCUUUUAUGACAGUACUGACAAUCCCUACACGCGAUGGCUUGCUACUACGGACAGUAUCCAAUAUUCAUUGUUUCUCCCGUUUCUUGUCGCAGUGCACGGUUUGUCCGCCAGCUCUCAGGACUCGGCCAAGUCUCCGGAGCCGUCUGCGGACGACGAAUCCCCCGACAACGACAAGGAGACCUCCAGCAGCGGCGGCAGCGACUCGGGCAAGAAGCGGAAAAGGAGGGUGCUGUUCUCCAAGGCGCAAACCUAUGAGUUGGAGCGCCGCUUCAGGCAACAGAGGUACCUGUCCGCCCCAGAGAGGGAGCACUUGGCCAGCCUCAUCCGUCUCACCCCGACCCAGGUGAAGAUCUGGUUCCAGAACCACCGGUAUAAGAUGAAGAGAGCCCGGGCCGAGAAAGGACUUGAGCUGUCUUGUAUAAACCCAUCAGUGUGCUGCAGUCAGGUGGGCUGGAUGGGGGGCAGCGCCAACAAUCAGGUUCCCAGAGUUGAGUGUUUAUGCCUUUCCCUUAAUGGAUUGUCUCACCUUCUUCAGAGGAUGAACAUGAGGUGCUUGAGAUGCCAGCACUGCGAAUGGAUCCAGGGGCUUUGAGCGUGAUAACGAGCAGCUGUCAUCUGUUUCAGAUGUGCUUUAAUCAACGCCUGUGAUGAUCAAAGAGUGGCAAUGUGGCUGUUUUAACAAUUGAGAUUGCAUAAUUAACUUACUGUUUUAAAGGGAUGUAAAGAAUAUGAAGCAAACUCUGCUCCGAUUGUCUUUGCGUACCCAAGCUGCAUGGUGAAUUCAUCGGUUCUGGAGCUGCACUUGAAGGACAUAAAUACAAGUAAUUAUGUUGAUAUUCUCUAGCAGACUGUGCUUAACGGAUAGGACGUUUCUAAGUAUUGCACUACCCACUCUGUGAUUUCUCACAUUCUCUAUUUAUUCUCCUUGUGGUGUGGGGAUAUUGAAGAAAUAUUUGGACCAAAGGCACCGUGGCAACUAUGUUUUCAUCUUAACGCAGAACUGAAAACUGUGAGAGCAUCAUUGCUGGCCUCUAACAUACAUGCACUCAGCCCUCAAUAUGGUAAAGAAUAGCACCACAUAACAUUAGUCAUGUACUCUGGUGGAAUAUUUGUCAAGCUUCUUCUUGCAACACCUUUUUCGAUAUUUGGUCUGCUGAAAUGCAACACUGGGAAACAGUCAAAAACCAAUUGUUUUUUUAUUGCUUAGGUGUUGCUAUAAGAAAAUAAUGCCGAUAUAUUUUGACCUCCGAGAAUGUCAGAUAUUUGUUUCAGUUCUUUUAUGAUUUAACACGUCACAAUGUUUUGUAGAGUGUUGCCUCAACAAAUGUUCAAGUUUUUUGUGCUAUUUGGAACAAUUGUCCCUUUUCACUUUAACUCUGAAAGCAUUAUUGUUUGAAUUCAAGCAUGUUAUAAGUAACACGUGUAACCUGUAUUUUAUUUGUAUGUAUUUACAGUUAUGAAGAACAUUUAAAAUUGUACUU